UCGUCUUCUUUGCUACGACAAGAGGAAACUACUCGUUACUCUAUUUUUCUCCCUCUCCGGAUUGCUUCCGACGCAAGUUCAAUCGGAACCCUCUCCUCUUCUCUUUCCUCGUUCAAGUUCUUACAUGCCGUCGAAGAUUGUUAUCAGGAAAAGGAAGUCAAGAGAAGGUGCCACAAGUGUAGCUGAGACUCUAAACAAAUGGAGAGAGUAUAUUGAACAAACCCAAGCUGCUUCUUCAAACAAUGAUGGUGGUCUCAAGCCAAGAAAGGCUCCUCCAAAGGGUUCUAGAAAGGGUUGUAUGAAAGGCAAGGGAGGACCUGAGAACGGGAUUUGGAACUACAGAGGAGUUAGACAGAGGACUUGGGGGAAAUGGGUUGCUGAGAUCCGUCAGCCAUGUCGUGGUGCUAGGUUGUGGCUAGGUACUUUCCCUAGCUCUUAUGAAGCUGCGUUGGCUUACGACGAGGCUGCUAAAGCUAUGUACGGUGAGUCAGCUAGGCUCAAUCUUCCUGACAUCUCGAAUGUCUCUUCUUCUGCUGCCGCUGGCUCAGUUACUACAUUGUCAAAUGAAUCUGAAGUUUGUGCACUUGAGGAUACAAAUGUGAAAGAAGAGGAUGGUAGCGAUGAAUAUGGUUUCUUGAAAAGCUCUCAGUGUGUUAAAGAGGAGAUGAGUGUACUUGACUCAGCUGAUACUUUUGGAAAUGGCAAUGAACAUGAACCAUGGGACUUUUGUGUGCACGAGAUGUUUGAUGUGGAUGAGGUGAUGGGUUUGUUGGACGAGAUCAAUGUGUCUGGUCAAGAGACAACGCUGAGUCAAGAUGCUAGCUUGCUAGGGAGCCUCAACCACACAGAGACUGCUCAUCCUGGAGUUGAUUAUGGAUAUCCAAUAGUGCAGCCGAGUGAAAGAAACAACACAAGUUGUGUUGGAUUAGACCGUUACUGAUACUUACUGAUGUUAAUGGUUUGAGGCGUACUAAAUCUACUUUAGUUAAAUGUAGGACAAGUUCGGUUAUGAUUCCUUCCUUCUUUUCUGUGAAUACAUGCAAAGUUUCAGUC